AUGGCACGAUUGGGGGAGGGAGAUAAGCGGUGGAUCGUGGAGGACCGUCCCGACGGCGCCAAUGUCCACAACUGGCACUGGGCGGAGACGGAUUGCCUUGAAUGGUCGAGAAAUUACCUAACAAACCUUCUAUGCAAUAAAUCAAUCCUGGAUGGCGAAGGCAUUCUCUAUAUCCGUACCAAAGAGCUUACAAAGCUCGAGGGAGAGGCCUAUGUCAAUGUCAGGAAGGGUAAAAUUAUUCCAGGGUACGAGCUCCAUCUGGUUCUUUCUUAUGAGGCGGAGGCAAAGGAUUCUGAGAGAAAUUCUGUAUUACUUACUGAGGGAUCUGUUGAAGUGCCGUAUAUUUCGGAUGAGAAUGCUGGGGAGGAUCCGGACAUUAAGAUUUCGAUUAAGGACGAUGGGCCGAUUGGGAAACGAUUGAAAGAAGCAUUUUUGGCUAAGGGUAAGCCGUUUGUGUUGGAGAAAAUUAGGGAAUAUGUUGAUACAAUGGCGAAAGGCGGGCCUGCGAAGGAUGAUUUGGAGGUUAAAAAGGUUGCGUCAAAGAAACCCAUCGCGAGUAAUAGUAAUGAAACUGUGAAAAACAAUUCUGUGAGCAAUACGAGUGCAAAGGAGAGUAAAAAAGAGAAAAGGAAGGAAGGGUUUAAGACCAUAUCAAUGAGUGAGAAGUUUAGCUGUAGGGCGAGGGAUUUGUAUGAGAUAUUGAUGGAUGAGAAUAGGUGGAAGGGGUUUACGCAGAGCAAUGCACGGAUAAGUAAAGAGGUUGGAGGAGAAUUCAGUAUUUUUGACGGGUCAGUUACCGGGACCAAUGUAGAGUUGCAAGAAGGCAAGUUGAUUGUUCAGAAGUGGCGGUUUGGGAGCUGGCCUGAUGGCAUUGUGUCCACGGUGCGGCUUAUUUUCGAGGAGCCUGAAUCUGGGGUGACCGUUGUCCGUCUCUCACACACUGAUGUGCCAGAGGAAGACAGAUAUGGAAAUGCUACUGUUGUCGAAAAUACUGAGAGGGGAUGGCGUGAUCUUAUUUUCCACAAGAUUCGGGCAGUCUUUGGUUUUGGAAUAUGA